AUGCCAGUCUAUCGCACCAAACUACAAGGUGUGGUUAAGAAAGUGGUCAGAAAAAAAUGGGACUAUGAUACCUUACAGGGCUGCUUUGACUCUGCAGGCGGGCUGCUUUGACUCUGCAGGCAGGCUGCUUUGACUCUGCAGGCGGGCUGCUUUGACUCUGCAGGCGGGCUGCUUUGACUCUGCAGGCGGGCUGCUUUGACUCUGCAGGCGGGCUGCUUUGACUCUGCAGGCGGGCUGCUUUGACUCUGCAGACGGGAGUGUGUUCAGAGAGGGAGCAAGCCUUGAGGAGGCCACUGAAGCUAUCACUGACUGUAUUCAUUUCUGUGAGGAGAUUAUUGUUCCUUCCAAAACUGUAAAUGUAUUUUCUAACAACAAACCCUGGAUCACAAAGGACCAGAAAACAACUUAAAAUGAAAAGAAAAUAGCAUUUACCACUGGCAACAAGGUUGAGGGUAAACUAAUUCAAUCCAAAUUAAAAACGCAGAUGAAACAGGCCAAGAGAGUGUACAAGGAGAAGAUGGAUAGGCUCUUUCAGGAGGAUAAAGAGGCUUGGAGGGGUGUGAAAACACUGCCAGGCCUUAAUAACACCCAAACUGUCCCCUGCUCCCAAAAAAAAAAAAGACUAUUGACCUGCAGAGAAUCUUAACAGUUGUUAUUGUAGAUUUGACACACAUGACUUAGCAAUGGAAAGGGAAAAGCUUAUCUCUGACCUAUCUAACAUGUCUCACACUGUUACACAAUUGUCGAGCUGCAACCAAAAGAUGUGGAAGCUAUGUUUAAAAGGACAAAACAAGGCAAAGCACCUGGGCCAGACAACAUCAGUGUUCGCUUACUUUAAUGUGUGCCAUAAGCAACUGGCAGGUGUUUUCUGUGAGCUCUUCAACCGCUCUCUGGCAGAACAUUCCAUCCCAAUAAUAUGGAAAUCGUCCACCAUAAGCCCAGUACCUAAAAAGAGCAACUCCUCCUGCAACAAUGACUACUACCCUGUAGCUUUAACCUUUAGUGGUGAAGAGCUUUGAAAGGCUGAUUCUUCCCCAGCUACUAAAGCUGGUAUGCUCCCACACAGACAUGCUUCUGUUCUGCAAGAUGCAUGGUAUUUCUGAACAGCAAAGUGGCAUCCUUGAUAACAAGAUGUUGACAGAUCCAACUUCUGAGGAUGCUGCCGCGUUGACGUGCUAGUUGGAACUAGGAAACGUAGAAAUGUCCGACUUGCUAAAUGGUUGUAGUUAUAGACGCUGCCAUCUCCAUGGAGACAGCUGGGCUGGUUACCAUGCAUCUUGCAGAACAGAAGCAUGCCUGAAGUCACACCUCUCAGAAGGAGAGGGAUUAUUGUUAGUGUUUGUUGACCCUUAGCAGGCCUGAGACUGUCAACACUCUGAGGCCAUAGUGAGUUCUAAUCCAUCUGAUGAUGUAUGGUCUUUUCUGGGCGCCAAUCCCUACGCAGGGAUGACUACCCUUUGGUCUGGGCUUAUGUAACACUGUCUUAACUACGCCAUUGGCAGGAAUACUGUGUAGUGCUACUGCUAGCCCUGCAUAUAUUACUGACCAAUUUGGAGCGGUGACAACAUUGGCAUAUCACAGAUGGACCAAACUGAGAUUUUGGAAGGGGUGACAAGAUUAGCAUAUCACAGGUGGAUCAAACUGAGAUUUUGACCCAAAGGAAAUUGUCUGGAGUUGCCAAAAAGUGUACGCUCUUGUUCCUCAGUGGGUAGACAGAAAGUAGACAGUGGGGUAAUUUGAAUGAGUGUGUACAAUAAGAAUGUGUGUGGGACUUCAGUGGGAUUUUUGCUAUUCGUGGCCAGUUUCAUGCAUUGUAUGCUGAGUACAUCAUAAUAACAGCGUUAUUGGCCAAGACACUGGGUGGCAGUUUCUCUGAACACUCAUUGCUGUAGGCAUAUUAUUCAGAUAAGACCACAUGAAUGAUGUCAACAUCAGCAAAAUGAAUUAAAUCGGGAACAGAUCCACAGCGUAGGAGUAUGAGUGAUGUCAAAUCAUUGUUUGCCAAACCACAAAACAGCCCACGGUUGCUGUCUGUGGGAUUAAUGCAAGAGGUCCCACUCAGGGAUUUGUCAUUCAGAGUGUUGUGACGAGACACGUCUGAGGGGUUUUCAGGCACCACUGGAAUUCUGAAUAAUUUAGAGCCGUAGUGUCUUUAACCCCAGUUAUUAUGAACACUGAGGGAGACUGCUGGGAAAAGGAGGUGUGGUUUAAAUACUUUUAGGCAGGAAGACACUGUUUAUCUACAGUGCCUUCAGAAAGUAUUAUAAUAAUAAAUAAUAAUAUGCCAUUUAGCAGACGCUUUUAUCCAAAGCGACUUACAGUCAUGCGUGCAUACAUUUUUUUUUUUGUGUAUGGGUGUUCCCGGGGAUCGAACCCACUACCUUGGCGUUACAAGCGCCGUGCUCUACCAGCUGAGCUACAGAGGACCACAUUCACACCCCUUGAUUUAUUGGAGAAAAAAAAAAUAGUGUUACAGCCUAAAUUGAUUAAAUUGAGAGAGAGAAAAGAGUCACUGGUCUGUCUACACACAAUACCCCAGGAUGUCAAAGUGGAAUGAUGUUUUUAGAAAUGUUUACAAAUUAAUUACAACUAAAAGCUGAAAUGUCUUGAGUUGAUGAGUAUUCAACCCGUUUGUUAUGGCAAGCCUAAAUAAAUUCAGGAGUACAAAUUUGCUUAACAAGUCGGGAUUAUAAAUUGCAUGGACUCACUUUGUGUGCAAUAAUAGUGUGCAACAUGAUUUUUGAAUGACCACCUCAUCUCUGUACCUGUCAGUCGAGCAGUGAAUUUCAAAUACAGAUUCAACCACAAAGACCAGGGAGUUUUUCUAAUGCCUCGCAAAGAAGGGCACAUAGUGGUAGAUUGGUAAAAGACAUUGAAUAUCCCUUUGAGCAUGGUGAGGUUAUUAUUUACACUUUGGAUGGUGUAUCAAUACACCCAGUCACUACAGAUAUACUGUACAUACAUCCUUCCUAACUCAGUUGCCAGAGAGGAAGGAAACCGCUCAGGGAUUUCACCAAUGGUAACUUUGAAACAGUUACAGAAUGUAAUGGCUGUGAUAGGAGAAAACUGAGGAUGGAUCAACAACAUUGUAGUUACUCCACAAUACUAGCCUAAUUGACAGACUGAAAAGAAGGAAGCCUGUACAGAAUAAAAAUAUUCCAAAACAUGCAUCCUGUUUGCAACAAGGCACUAAAGUAAUACUGCAAAUAAUGUGGCAAAGCAAUUAACUUUUUGUCCUGAAUACAAAGUGUUUGGGGCAAAUCCAAUACAACACAUUACUGAGUACCACUCUCCCAUAUUUUCAAGCAUAGUGGUGGCUGCAUCAUCUUAUGGGUAUGCUUGUAAUUGACUGGGGAGUUUUUCAGGAUAAAAAAGAAACGGAAUGGAGCUUUGCAUAGGCAGAAUCCUAGAGGGAAACCUGUUUCAGUCUGCUUUCCACCAGACACUGAGAGAUAAAUUCACCUUUUAGCAGGACAAUAACCUAAAACACAAGGCCAAAUCUAUACUGGAGAUGCUUACCAAGAUGACAUUGAAUGUUCCUGAGUGGCCGAGUUACAGUUUUGACUUAAAUCUACUAGAACAUCUAUGGCAAGACCUGGAAAUGGUUGUCUAGCAAUGAUCAACAACCAAUUUGACAGAGCUUGAAGAAUUUAUAAAAUAAUAGUGGGCAGAUAUUGCACAAUCCAGGUGUGGAAAGCUCUUAGAGACUUACCCAGAAAGGCUCACAGCUGUAAUCGCUGCCAAAGGUGCUUCUACAAAGUAUUGACUCAGGGGUGUGAAUACUUAUGUAAAUGGUAUAUUUCUGUAUUUUAUUUCAAUAAAUGUGCAACAAUAAUAAAUAAAAAAAAUGCACUUUGUCAUUAUGGGUAUUAUGGGUAUUGUGUGUAGAUGGUUGAGAGAGAAAAAAUCAAUUGAAUCCAUUUUGAAUUCAGGCUGUAACACAACAAAAUGUGGAAUAAGUCAAGGGGUAUGAAUACUUUCUGAAGGCACUGUAUAUUCUACCUCAAAUUAGACCUGACAUGACUACUUAUUAACAGUAAGGUGUAUGGUCUGUGGUAGACAUGAUAGAUGACAAAUAAGCUAUUAUAUAUGUACUCAUAAAUUCAAAUCAAAUCAAAUUUUAUUGGUCACAUACACAUGUUUAGCAGAUGUUAUUGCGGUUGUAGCGAAAUGCUUGUGCUUCUAGCUCCGACAGUGCAGUAAUAUCUAACAAGUAAUAUCUAACAAUUUCCCAACAUAUACCCAAUACACACAAAUCUAGGUAAGGAAUGAAUUAAGAAUAUAUACAUAUAUGGACGAGAGAUGUCAGAGCGGCAUGGACUAAGAUACAGUAGAACAACAUUUACGUCUUAAACACAGUACAGGUCUUUACGUUCUGGCCUUACGGGAUGCCCCCUUUCUGAACCUACACUGAGAGGAAACGGAGGGCAACACCACAGUAGUCAAGGCCAGGGACACGUUUGCUAUCAAGGCGAACCUUGUCCCGGAUUUAGGAUGUUCAAACCUGAUGUGUCAGACGUCAAGGCCUACAGUUAUCACAAAACACACAUCACUGCAGAACACUGGGAAGAGAGGGUAAAGGAGAGGGUAAAAGAGAGGGUAAAAGAGAGGAGAGGAAUGAUGUGUGAAAGUGUUACUAUAAUCCUCCUUAUCCAAUCACAGUGACCAGUAGGGCUGAGGUUGAACAGUCUGCAUUUGCACAAAGAGCAUACCCACUGGGCAUAGAUGUCAAGUUUUGAUUUACAUGUCGUUGAGUUGUCAACUAACAUCAAUUCAACUUGAGCUCAACAAAAAAUGUCACCAAGUCAUUGGAUUUAGGUUAAAAAUGACGAAUUGCCCUUAUGUUGAUGACUUUUUGCAAAUCCAAUCAGUUUUCCACGUUGAUUCAACGUCAUCACAUUGGUUUUCUUGGGGUUGAAGUGGGUAGCUAGGUCCAACAUCAAGCCUCAAAUGAAAAGACAUCACCAGCAUAUUCUAUUCUACUCUAUUCUAUUCUACUCUAUUCUGUUCUACCCUAUUAUAUUCUACUCUAUUCUACUCUAUUCUACUCUAUUCUAUUCUACUCUAUUCUACUCUGUUCUAUUCUACUCUAUUCUAUUCUACUCCACUCUAUUCUACUCUGUUCCAUUCUACUCUGUUCUAUUAUAUUCUAUUCUACUCGAUUCUAUUAUAUUCUACUCGAUUUUAUUUCUAGGAAGGACAUUUAUUUCUAGGAAGGACACAGAGAAACAGAUUGCAGUGUGUGUGGAGUGGAGGGAGAGAAAAAAAGAGAGGUAUAAUCCCUCUUUCCCGGGAAAGAGAGGAGAGGAGAGCAGCAGGCAGACUAAUACUACAGGAAACAGACCCAGACUCUCUCUGCUGUUGCCAGUCUGAUAAACAACAACAGGAAACAGACCCAGACUCUCUCUGCUGUUGCCAGUCUGAUAAACAACAACAGGAAACAGACCCAGACUCUCUCUGCUGUUGCCAGUCUGAUAAACAACAACAGGAAACAGACCCAGACUCUCUCUGCUGUUGCCAGUCUGAUAAACAACAACAGGAAACAGACCCAGACUCUCUCUGCUGUUGCCAGUCUGAUAAACAACAACAGGAAACAGACCCAGACUCUCUCUGCUGUUGCCAGUCUGAUAAACAACAACAGGAAACAGACCCAGACUCUCUCUGCUGUUGCCAGUCUGAUAAACAACAACAGGAAACAGACCCAGACUCUCUCUGCUGUUGCCAGUCUGAUAAACAACAACAGGAAACAGACCCAGACUCUCUCUGCUGUUGCCAGUCUGAUAAACAACAACAGGAAACAGACCCAGACUCUCUCUGCUGUUGCCAGUCUGAUAAACAACAACAGGAAACAGACCCAGACUCUCUCUGCUGUUGCCAGUCUGAUAAACAACAACAGGAAACAGACCCAGACUCUCUCUGCUGUUGCCAGUCUGAUAAACAACAACAGGAAACAGACCCAGACUCUCUCUGCUGUUGCCAGUCUGAUAAACAACAACAGGAAACAGACCCAGACUCUCUCUGCUGUUGCCAGUCUGAUAAACAACAACAGGAAACAGACCCAGACUCUCUCUGCUGUUGCCAGUCUGAUAAACAACAACAGGAAACAGACCCAGACUCUCUCUGCUGUUGCCAGUCUGAUAAACAACAACAGGAAACAGACCCAGACUCUCUCUGCUGUUGCCAGUCUGAUAAACAACAACAGGAAACAGACCCAGACUCUCUCUGCUGUUGCCAGUCUGAUAAACAACAACAGGAAACAGACCCAGACUCUCUCUGCUGUUGCCAGUCUGAUAAACAACAACAGGAAACAGACCCAGACUCUCUCUGCUGUUGCCAGUCUGAUAAACAACAACAGGAAACAGACCCAGACUCUCUCUGCUGUUGCCAGUCUGAUAAACAACAACAGGAAACAGACCCAGACUCUCUCUGCUGUUGCCAGUCUGAUAAACAACAACAGGAAACAGACCCAGACUCUCUCUGCUGUUGCCAGUCUGAUAAACAACAACAGGAAACAGACCCAGACUCUCUCUGCUGUUGCCAGUCUGAUAAACAACAACAGGAAACAGACCCAGACUCUCUCUGCUGUUGCCAGUCUGAUAAACAACAACAGGAAACAGACCCAGACUCUCUCUGCUGUUGCCAGUCUGAUAAACAACAAUACGUUAGGGAAUCAGUGAGAGGAUGACGUGUGAAUAAAUAUGUCAGUAGUUGUAACGAUGUGGUUUGGUUUGAUUGUUUUGUCAGGAACAUUUUGUCAGUAGGUUGUGACAAUGUUUAAAACGUUGACGCUCCUCCCUCGAGAGUAGCACAAUAAAACCUUCAAUUAAAUGAAUCUUCACCUCAAACACACUUGACAUUCAAGUCAUUUGAUUUGAAAGAAAUGGAUCUUAAAGAAGAGCCACACCCCAAUCCCCUUACAGAGGCUGUUCUGAGCCAGAUUAUGUGUGCGUGAUGUGCGUGUGUGAAUGCAUGUAAUCUUCGCUUCAUUCAGAGUAGUCCCACUCCCCAAAAAAACUUUUCCAUAAUCAGAUUGUAACAGCCCGAAAAUGAUUCUGGAAGACACCGAGUGGACCCAUUGUCACACUGUAACCGUCUUUAACUCAGCCAUGGGCUAUUACUGUCAUUUUCUAUGAAUACCCAUAAGGCCUUGCUAGAGGAAGAGGCUUUUCUAUGAAUACCCAUAAGGCCUUGCUAGAGGAAGAGGCUUUUCUAUGAAUACCCAUAAGGCCUUGCUAGAGGAAGAGGCUUUUCUAUGAAUACCCAUAAGGCCUUGCUAGAGGAAGAGGCUUUUCUAUGAAUACCCAUAAGGCCUUGCUAGAGGAAGAGGCUUUUCUAUGAAUACCCAUAAGGCCUUGCUAGAGGAAGAGGCUUUUCUAUGAAUACCCAUAAGGCCUUGCUAGAGGAAGAGGCUUUUCUAUUAAUACCCAUAAGGCCUUGCUAGAGGAAUAGGCUUUUCUAUGAAUACCCAUAAGGCCUUGCUAGAGGAAUAGGCUUUUCUAUGAAUACCCAUAAGGCCUUGCUAGAGGAAGAGGCUUUUCUAUGAAUACCCAUAAGGCCUUGCUAGAGGAAGAGGCUUUUCUAUGAAUACCCAUAAGGCCUUGCUAGAGGAAGAGGCUUUUCUAUUAAUACCCAUAAGGCCUUGCUAGAGGAAUAGGCUUUUCUAUGAAUACCCAUAAGGCCUUGCUAGAGGAAGAGGCUGCAUAUAAGAGCCUAUUAAUAAGCCACGUCUGAAGGAAUGUUGCCAAGCUUUAACUAGUCACCGACGUGUCUAAGGAGUCACUCUUCCAUCGCUGAGAUAUUGUGUGCUCAUUAUUCUGUGGCACUAUGACUAACCUUACCUCUGUAGCUCAAUUGGUUGAGCAUGGCGCUUGUAACGCCAGGGUAGUGGGUUCGAUCCCCGGGACCACCCAUACGUAAAAAUGUAUGCACGCAUGACUGUAAGUCGCUUUGGAUAAAAGCGUCUGCUAAAUGGCAUAUUAUUAUUAUUAUUAUAUUUAGAAUAGGGAUCAUCCUACUAGCGUGUGUUUGUGUGUGCGUGCUGUGAGUGGGUUUGUGAGCAUAUGUUGUGUGUGUAGUAAAACAGCAGACUGUGUAGGGUCAGACAUUAUUACCCUCAUGAGUCAUAUGCAAUAGAUGUUUUUGUCUGUGUGUGUCUGUGUGUGUGUGUGUGUGUUUCCCUACAAGGGCAGCCAUGUUGACCACCUUAAUGGACGGCCUCCUCUGCUGCCUGACAGGGAAGUCGGCCAACGUCGUGGUUCCCAUAGAAACCUCGGAACCCGCCGACGGCUACGAGUUCGUGGAGGUCAAACCGGGUCGUGUCCUGAGGGUACGACACAUCAUCCCAGAGCGGGAGGUGGUGGAUGAGCCCAGGGGGCCGGGGGGAAGCGUCCACUGUAAGAGGAAGAUCACAGUGUACCGUAACGGACAGCUACUGAUAGAGAACCUGGGGGACGCGGUGAGACAGGAGCUGUUACAUGCCCAGAACGGAGAAACAGAACGCAACUGUACCGUGGAGGUGGAGCUCGCGGAUCCACCUUCCAAUCCAACUCCCACCCCUGACUCCAAAGUGGACAAGACAGGGUCAGUGGUUGGAACGGGGGGAGCGGCGACAUCUCCAGCCCCGACCCUCGGAUCAGCCCCAGAUCCGACCCAGCAGCCCCAGAAGCGGCGGCGGAAGCCCAAACGCACAGUGGUGAUUGACAGCGAGAGGAAGAUCACGUCGUGUAAGGGGACACAUGCGGACGUGGCACUGUUCUUCGUGCACGGCGUGGGCGGUUCCCUCGACAUCUGGGGCAGCCAGCUGGACUUCUUCUCCCGUCUGGGCUAUGAGGUCAUCGCGCCCGACCUGGCGGGUCACGGGGCGAGCUCGGCGCCUCAGAUCGCGGCAGCGUACACGUUCUACGCCCUGGCUGAGGACAUGAGGGCCAUCUUUAAGAGAUACGCACGGAAGAGGAAUAUCCUCAUUGGACACUCCUACGGGUGAGAAGACGGAAGUGUGUUAGCUACAGACACUACAUAAUGAACACGACAUAAUGAACACGACAUAAUGAACACUACAUAAUGAACAAAACAUAAAGGACCUCUGUCUUUUGAUCUCCCCGACUGAUAUCUGAUUUCUCUCUCUCUCUCUCUCUCUCUCUCUCUCUCUCUCUCUCUCUCUCUCUCUCUCUCUCUCUCUCUCUCUCUCUCUCUCUCUCUCUCUCUCUCUCUCUCUCUCUCUCUCUCUCUCUCUCUCUCUCUCUCUCUCUUCAAUUCAAUGUAAGGGCUUUAUUGGCAUGGGAAACGUAUGUUAACAUUGCCAAAGCAAGUGAAGUAGAUAAUAAACAAAAGUGAAAUAAACAAUAAAAAAAUGUACAGUAAACAUUACACUCUCUCUCCCGAUCUCUCUCUUUCUGUCUCUCGCUCUCUCUAUCUCUCUCUUUCUGUCUCUUGUUCUCUCUCUAUCAAUUCAAUUCAAUAGACUUUAUUGACAUGGCAAGUUAAAUUACUUACAUUGUCAAAGUAUACAUAUAACAAAAAUGGUAGGACCAACAGCAAUAAUAAUAGUAGUAGUGGAAAUGGGAUUACCAUUAACAGCAACUAUCUCUCUCUUUCUGUCUCUCUCUUUCUGUCUGUCUGUCUCUCUCUCUCUGUUUCUCUCUCUUUGUCUCUCCCCCUUUUUGUCUGUCUGUCUGUCUGUCUGUCUGUCUGUCUGUCUGUCUGUCUGUCUGUCUGUCUGUCUGUCUGUCUGUCUGUCUGUCUGUCUGUCUGUCUGUCUGUCUGUCUGUCUGUCUGCAGUGUGUCGUUCUGUACGUUUCUGGCCCAUGAGUACCCAGACCAGGUCCACAAGGUAGUGAUGAUUAACGGAGGAGGUCCCACAGCGCUGGAGCCCAGCCUCUGUUCCAUCUUCAACCUGCCCACCUGUGUCCUGCACUGUCUCUCCCCCUGCCUCGCAUGGAGCUUCCUCAAGUAAGAAACAGUGUGUGUGCCUUCCCUCCCAGCCAGUGGGGGUCAGUGCCGUUUCAUUUUACAGCAUAUUGGAUGACUGUCAUUCAUAUUCCAUUCACCCUGGAGUAAUUAAGGUGACAGACAGUGACACAUUCAAUACUGCCCUGCACACUUUUGCCUGCAUCUAGCUGAUCUGGGGUGUAAUCAUUAGUCCAAACAGUUGCAAAACGAUUUGUUUUUCAGUUAGGUCCCUCCCCGUUCCGUUUGCUUCCAUUUAAGAAACGUUUUGCAACAGAAUUGGCAGAAUGAAUACACCCCUGAUCACCCGCACACACAGUUCACGUUCAUAGCAGCCACAUACAGCACCAUCACAUCUACGCGCUCUCCUCCUCUCACCUUUUUCCUUUCACUUGUGGACUUCAGUGCACAACACAUCAGCUGUCUGUGAUCAGGAGCAAAAACCACUCCAAGCCAAACCGUCAUACCAUAACCGCUAAACCAGGGCUGCCAACUUUUGAAGAAAUCUUGGAGUGAGAUUUGCUAUGUGAAUUUCAUUGCCUCCUGGCACAACCCCUAGACGGAGGUCUGGGGUCCUCCUCCAGGAAAACGCUUGUUUUAAAGCUCAUUUCCUUAUAUUUUAUGUAUUUUGACAUGGCUUAGGCCUAUAACCAGGGUGGAAAAUAAUAUUUCUCUCUUUAUGUUUCCCAGGUGCUGGAUGUUUAAAAAUGUUGUUGUUAUAACAGUUCAUUUCUCAAAAUCACCCAACCUUCAAGAAAAAUCUAAUAGAUCAAUAUGCAGAUGGUUUAUGCCUACUGAUCUUGUGAUCAAAAUGUGAUGCGUUUAUGAGUUGGGAGUCCCCCUACCAUCUCUGCCUAGCAUGUGCACAAACUAAAAUGUCAAAAAUUAAAUUUGUGGCCGGGAGCAUUUAACAUCCAAUGCUUAUUUGUAUGACUUAUUCAAAACUGUCCAUGAAUAGCUGUAAAAAUAUAUAGCCUCAUAUAAUUCAUUAUCAAAGACACAAGUAGGCAUAUCAGAUUUCAAAUAUGUGAUUACACUGGCAACAUUGGGAAGUAGUGGAAUAAUACAAUACGUCUGGUGAAUACCAGUAGUGUUGUUGCUGACAAGCACACAUUAAUUACCCAAUAUUUUAGCCCUUGUUAAGAAUUGUAAUUCCACUGAUCAGACUAAAUCAAGUAAAUAGAUAUUAAAAUCUCCUGAAGACUAGAUGACAUAAAUCUGCCCCUACACCCUAACCAUUUAAAAAUAUAUAUUUAUUGUCCCUCCUCUAGAAUCAAACACUUUUGGGUUCACAAUCUGUUUGGCAAAAUAAUUGUCAUAGUUACAAGUCAGGUCACCCUACCACACUUCCCUGCUAAAACAUCCUGUAGGUCUGUCUGCUGCCUUUUCAUUGUCACAGCCUAAUGCCAAUCACCAAACGAGAGGACUAAUGCAAGUGUAUAUUAAAUCGACUUACUACAUGCUAUCAAAGGGCUGCAUUCUGCAAUAGGGACGGGAGUAACAGCAACCUAAUUUAGUUUAUAACAUUGUACAUAAAACAGCGCUACCCGUGCUGCUCUUUUUAAUGUUUUAUAAACUCAGCGGAGAACGUUCUCUCUCCAUUCAGCUCCACUUUACUCUCGAGGGGUGUUUCUUUCAAAUGCGCAUCCAAUCCACUUGAUUCCUUACAUAACUAGACCAAUCAUAUGUGCCGCGGUUCACAGUGCUGUGACAAGACAGGACAAUGAAGCAGGUUCCGCUCAUGAUGUUACAUUGCAGGCUCAGACGCUCCGAUUUCAAAAUGACUUGGAGGCAGCACAGUUGAAAAGUUAACGCACUGACAAUAAAAGCAGUACUUUUCAAUGAGGGAGAUACACUCUAUAUACAAAAGUAUGUCGACACCCCUUCAAAUUUGUGGUUUCAGCUAUUUCAGCCACACCUGUUGCUGACAGGUGUAUAAAAUCGAGCACACAGCCAUGCAAUCUCCAUAGACAAACAUUGGCUGUAGAAUGGCCUUACUGAAGAGCUCAGUGACUUUCAACGUGGCACCGUCACCAACAAGUCAGUUCAUCACAUUUCUGCCCUGCCAGAGCUGCCCCGGUCUACUGUAAGUGCUGUUAUUGUGAAGUGGAAACGUCUAGGAGCAACAACGGCUCCGCUGCGAAGUGGUAGGCCACACAAGCACACAGAACGGGACCGCGUAAAAAUCAUCUGUCCUCGGUUGCAACACUCACUACCGAGUUCCAAACUGCCUCUGGAAGCAACGUCGGCACAAGAACUGUUUCAAUGGCCGAGCAGCUGCACACAAGCCUAAGAUCACUAUGUGCAAUGCAAAGCGUCGGCUGGAGUUGUGUAAAGCUCGCCCCCAUUGGACUCUGAAACAGUGGAAACGCGUUCUCUGGAGUGAUAAAUCACGCUUCACCAUCUGGUAGUCCGACGGACGACUCUGGGUUUGGCGGAUGCCAGGAGAACGUUACCUGCCCGAAUGCAUAGUGGCAACUGUAAAGUUUGGUGGAGGAGGAAUAAUGGUUUGGGGCUGGUUUUCAUGGUUCGGGCUAGGCCCCUUAGUUGAAGGGAAAUCUUAACGCUACAGCAUACAAUUACAUUAUAGACAAUUCUGUGCUUCCAACUUUGCGGCAACAGUUUGGGGAAGGCCCUUUCCUGUUUCAGCAUGACAAUGCCCCCGUGCACAAAGCGAGGUCCAUACAGAAAUGGUUUGUUGAGAUCGGCGUGGAAGAACUUGGCUGGCCUGCACAGAGCCCUGACCUCAACCCCAUCGAACACCUUUGGGAUGAAUUGGAACGCCGACUUCGAGCCAGGCCUAAUCGCCCAACAUCAGUGCCCGACCUCACUAAUGCUCUUGUGGCUGAAUUGAAGCAUGUUAGCUAGUGGAAAGCCUUCCCAGAAGAGUGGAGGCUGUUGUAGCAGCAAAGGGGGGGACCAACUCUAUAUUAAUGCCCAUGAUUUUGUAAUGAGAUGUCCAUAUACUUCUGGUCAUGUAGUAUAUAAGAGGUGUGGCAUGUGAAGAGGGUCAAAUGCGUGUGUCUUAUGGCCAAUGCGUGAGAGUUGGCUACACACAGCCUACAUCGUUGUCACAAUGUUAACGUUAUAGUUAACAAACUAGAACUAACGCGUUAGUAAACCCACAAUCUAAUCCAUGUGUACAGUCACGCAGUACAGUGUACAGCAAGCAGUUACCCCGGCGGGCCCCUGGUGGCAAUACUUUUAUAAAACCGAAAGCUUACCUUGACUUGGAAGAGUUGCAGUGUUGGAUAGCCUUAGCCAGCUAGCUAACAUAAAUAGCAUUCCUCUCUGUUUGAGUCAGGUUGUUGAGUAGGCUAAAUUAGCUGCAUUAGCUAAGUAAGUGAAAGGUAAACUCUGAAGAAGAAAAAAUACAAAAACUCUCUCUCUCUCUCUCAAACUUAAUUUGUUCAAAACUGUUCAACUAUUGUCUUUCGCAGCGCUAGCUAGCUGUAGCUUAUGCUUUCAGUACCAGAUUCAUUCUCUGAUCCUUUGAUUGGGUGGACAACAUGUCAGUUCAUACUGCAAGAGCUCUGAUAGGUUGGAGGAUGUCCUCCGGAAGUUGUCAUAAUUACUGUGUAAGUCUAUGGAAGGGGGUGAGAGCCGUGGUUUUGUAUUGAAGUCAAUGUAGGACGGAAAAUAUCUGUGUUCCGGCUACAUCAUGGUGCUACCCUAUAGAGUGUUGUUGAGGCUACUGUAGACCAUUGCAAAACAGUGUUAAUCAGUUAUUUGGUGACAUAUAUUUUGUAUAGUUUUAUCUAAAAAGGAUAACUUUUGUUAAUGUUAUUACAAAAACAAAAAAGGAAAUGUCCUGAGUAGGAUGGUGCUCCCCUUCCUCCUCUGAGGAGCCUCUGCCCAGGCCUACUUCAAUACAGUCAAACUUCUGUAUAAAGAGCCUUCAGCCUAUGUUGUUCAAGUAUGAUAUCUUACGCUCCUCCACUCUCUCUCUCUCCUCAAGUAUGAUAUCUUACGCUCCUCCACUCACUCUCUCUCCUCAAGAAUGAUAUCUUAUACUCCUCCACUCACUCUCUCUCAUGUAUGAUGUCUUACGCUCCUCCACUCACUCUCUCUCCUCAAGUAUGAUAUCUUACACUCCUCCACUCUCUCUGUCCUCAAGUAUGAUAUCUUACGCUCCUCCACUCACUCUCUCUCCUCAAGUAUGAUAUCUUACACUCCUCCACUCUCUCUGUCCUCAAGUAUGAUAUAUUACACUCCUCCACUCUCUCUCUCUCCUCAAGUAUGAUAUCUUACGCUCCUCCACUCUCUCUCUCUCCUCAAGUAUGAUAUCUUACGCUCCUCCACUCUCUCUCCUCAAGUAUGAUAUCUUACGCUCCUCCACUCUCUCUCACUCCUCAAGUAUGAUAUCUUACGCUCCUCCACUCUCUCUCUCUCCUCUGCCUCCCUCAGGGCUGGGUUUGCCCGUCAGGGUGCGAAGGAGAAGCAGCUGUUGAAAGACAACAAUGCUUUCAACGUGUCUUCCUUCGUGCUGCGUGCCAUGAUGAGUGGCCAGUACUGGCCUGAAGGCGACGAGGUGUACCACGCAGAGAUCACAGUGCCCAUCCUGCUGGUGCACGGCAUGUACGACAAGUUUGUGCCCGUGGAGGAGGAUCAACGAAUGGCAGAGGUGAGAGGAAAACCUUAACGCUAACCCUAACUUUAAACCUAACUCUAAGCCUAGGUUUAAACAUAAAACCUGAACCUAAUCUAACCUCCCUGCCUCCACUCAGAUCCUGUUGCUGGCCUUCCUGAAGAUAAUCAAUGAGGGCAGUCACAUGGUGAUGAUGGAGUGUCCCGAGAGCGUCAACACCCUCCUGCACGAGUUCUUCCUCUGGGAGCCUGACUCCCCGCCCAAAUCCAAACCCCGCCCCGAAAUCGCCGCCAAGAGACCCGAAACCGCCAAGAUCCCCACCGCAUCCAACGGGGGAGCAACACCAGAAAGCAAAGCCAAGACCAAGUAA